AACGCCACUUAAUGCGUCCCCGACAAGGCCAGUAACGAAACCUUGGAGAUCCCAAGACGCAUUUAAAAGCAAAUGCAAGGGGCCCAAGUUUCCUUUCCAGAUGUCGAUAGAAACUGGAUGUCGUGCCAACUACCUCGGGCGGAGCCCGAAAUGCAUCUUGGGAAUCAGAGUCCGCGUCUACCUCAGUCCUGCGGAGGUUCCACGAUGGCGGACGUGCAGCCUCCGCCCCUGCGAUCCAUGGACGAUUUUAUCCUGAGCUCGGCGCGGUUCGCUGUGCCCAAUGUGCGCGAUCUGGAGCGACUGAACAACCGUAUAAUCAACAACCUGCUUUACUACCAGUCCAAUUAUUUCCUGUCAGUGCUGAUUUUCCUGGCCAUAGUCGGAUAUGUCCAGCCCCUGCAGUUGUUUUUGGGUGCCACCGUGGUGACGUUGGCCUUCCUGGGGUUUGUUUGGGCAGCGGAGAAUCAGGCCAGCAUCAGGCGCUUCCGGCGCACCCAUCCCUCGCUCUCGCUGUCAGCCAUCUUGGGGGCCAGCUACCUGUUCCUGUCAGUGCUGGGUGGCGUGGCUGUCUUCCUCUUCGGCAUCGCCUUUCCCAUACUGCUGGUCUUGAUCCAUGCUGCAACACGUCUCCGGAGCCUGAAGAACAAGUUGGAGAAAAAGCUGGAGAGCAUCGGGCUGAAGAGGACUCCCAUGGGUCUGCUGCUGGAGGCCCUGGGACAGGAGCAGGAGGCGGGAUCAUAAGGCUUCAGGGGACCAGGGGGAGCAGCUGGAGUCAGUUGUAGAUCCCUCGUCGUACAGUUCAGUGCUGUAAGGAAAAGACUGAGUGCUGUCCUCACCACUCUGGGGCGCUCUCCUGGCUCGCCAUCAUUUUCUGAUGCUAAAUCGCUUCGAUUGCUCCAAUAUUCCAGGUUUUAUUAAUCAUUCCUUCACUCACGGGGCCAGCGUGACACUUUAAAGCACUUAAGCGUAUUCGGAAAGCUGUUUGUUUAUAGAAGUCAAACUGGAAUUAUUCAGUGAGGAAUUAAACCUAAGCAAUGCCCUUUGUAUGUCUAUUGAAGGUAAAAAUUUGCUUAGAGAUCAGUGUUAUAGACAAUAUUGUCUUUUAGUAUUAACGAAUAUGCACAUACUUUGAUCCGAGACCAUUUCCCAUAACACCAUAAGGACAGUUAAUGUAUAUGAAAAUGUAAUGAAAUCAUGUCUGAUACUACAUGCAGCUAAUUGUCUUGUGGUUAUUAAGGAGAAACUCAGAUUAUUGACAGACAUAUAAAAAUCUAGCUGUUAUUUCUCCUGUUUGAACACCAUUGGUGUGAAGUCGUUAAAUAGAAUGCUAAUUGAGGUCCUUGUUGCUUUCUUUGUGAAAGACGAUAUUGGCCUGAGAAAAUGUGAUUCAUUCUGAUCACGAAUCAGAAGACUCCAGGACCUUUGCGUGUGCCAUCUGUUGAACUUCUAAGUUUGGCCACCUGGUAAACAUGUGCCUUUAGCUUUUAGCCUGAUUCUCAGAUUACAUAUUAUUAAAAGGUGUGAGAUUCAGAAAUUUCAAAAUGAGGGUACUUAGUUAUAUUGUCAUAUCUUACCGCACCCAUUGAGUUCCUUCAUAGAAGCUCUUGACCAGAAUUAGGUUAGAUUAUUAGAGUUUACAAGGCAGGAAAUGCCUGCACAUUUUAAAACAUCUUGUUAUGGGUUGUGAGACCCUGAUAGCUAACUUAGUCUUUAUGUCUGCAUGGUAAUGAACAAUGUUUCUGUCUUUCUCAGUAUCUUAGGAAACUUCUUACGAAGUUUCUGUUUGAAGUGCUUGUCAUGUGUCAUAUCCCAAGCCGUCAUUUCACACCCGUGAGGCCAAACUGUAUUCCUCCUGCAGAAGCAUAAGGAAGCGUGUAAACACACACGUAAACAGCAGUACAGAGUUUUUCCUGUGCCUCAUGCUUUCUGAACCAGCUUUUUGUAACUGUGAUAUAUAUAAACAGUUUAAAGCUAAUUCAGCUGGAAAGGUCACACACGUAUCUUUAAUAAACACUAAUGUUCUCUGGAUGCUCAUUAGCUAACUGACCACAAAAUACAAAAAAAAGGCUUUUCUGUAUAUGUACACAUUUUACAUAUAUACAUUUUUUUUUUUACAAAUCAUGACUAAAGUAUUUCCAUUAAUAACCUUUUGAAACAGGAAGGUUUGCAUAAAAUCAUACUGUUGUCAAACUGACAUGUAACUGUGCGCUUACAGCAGGCCAAGCGAAAAGUAUUUCAUCUUCUGAAGUCUGGAGCUCUUCCGCUGCAGGCUGUACUGCGGUACCCUGUAAUGAUUUACUGCACAGCUGGCUGUUUCAGUCCGUCCGCUAGUGUGACUCGGUUUCGUUCCAUAAGCUGUAUUUGUUUACCUUUGCUGGAAUCCAGUUGAUCCUCUUAGAUUCUCAUCAUUGGCUGUCCGUUGAUGUAACUGUGCUGUGCUCAGAACAAUUGUGAAUGAAGGACUAGGGCAAGGCCCGGUUCAGUUAGUCUGGAGUGUCACGGGUCCUGUUGUACUUUUUGCCAUGAAGAAACUGUUUGAAGCUUCAGUGCUUGAAAUGGGGAAAAAUAGGUGCCGGCGCUCCCCUUGUUACUGAGUACCGGGUGCGGGCGCUCCCCUUGUUAUUGAGUACCGGGUGCGGGCGCUCCCCUUGUUAUUGAGUACCGGGUGCGGGCGCUCCCCUUGUUAUUGAGUACCGGGUGCCGGCGCUCCCCUUGUUAUUGAGUACCGGGUGCCGGCGCUCCCCUUGUUACUGAGUACCGGGUGCCGGCGCUCCCCUUGUUAUUGAGUACCGGGUGCCGGCGCUCCCCUUGUUACUGAGUACCGGGUGCCGGCGCUCCCCUUGUUACUGAGUACCGGGUGCUGGCGCUCCCCUAGUUAUUGAGUACCGGGUGCCGGCGUUCCCCUUGUUAUUGAGUACCAGGUGCCGGCGCUCCCCUUGUUAUUGAGUACCAGGUGCCGGCGCUCCCCUUGUUAUUGAGUACCAGGUGCCGGCGCUCCCCUUUUUAUUGAGUACCAGGUGCCGGCGCUCCCCUUGUUAUUGAGUACCGGGUGCCGGCGCUCCCCUUUUUAUUGAGUACCGGGUGCCGGCGCUCCCCUAGUUAUUGAGUACCGGGUGCCGGCGCUCCCCUAGUUAUUGAGUACCGGGUGCCGGCGCUCCCCUUGUUAUUGAGUACCGGGUGCCGGCGCUCCCCUUUUUAUUGAGUACCGGGUGCCGGCGCUCCCCUUGUUAUUGAGUACCGGGUGCCGGCGCUCCCCUUGUUAUUGAGUACCGGGUGCCGGCGCUCCCCUUUUUAUUUAGUACCAGGUGCCGGCGCUCCCCUUUUUAUUCAUUACCAUUCAUUACCCACUUCAAGCACUGCGAAGAAUGGUGGUUACCAAAGUCAUUUUUCAGUGUAAAAAGUCGAUAUCUUGUUUGGUCGAUAUGCUUUCAUCAGUGCCCAUUCUCCUCUGUGUUUGAGUGUGCAGGUGACUUUUUAUUUGGGGUUUGAAUUCAUUCUGUAAGUUGUGCUGAAGAUUAUGGAUCUACUUAAUAAAGUGUCACCCCUGGAAAAA